AUGUCGUAAGUAAUACCUAACAUCAAACUUUUGCUGCAAACGUUUAGUGAAUUGUAAUCUUUGAAAACUUAUCGCAGCCGCGAAUCCUUUCUACGUUUUCCUCUUUUAUUUUCGCCCUUUUUAACGAACUUUCGGGAAUAUUUUGCACAUGACGCAGCUGGAGAAAGAGGACUGCGUCUCUUUUGACCAGAGGAUAAAAAUAUUUUUGUCGCGAUACUGGUAAACAAUUUCUAUCGCAAAAAACAACCUCAAUUUUAAUUUUAGGGCCAUGAAGGACGACGACAAGUCGCAGCCUUAUAAAGUUGAUCCCGAAAUGAGUCCGAAAACGGAAGAAAGCCUUCAACAGGAGCUGAGGUCAAAGAACGUCGCUGAACUUUGCAAAAACGAAAGCUCCGGAUCUAGUUUGGAUACCUUACCUUCUAAAUUCAGUCCAUCGGCCUCAGGAACAAGCGACGGCAGUCAAUCGGAAGAACGGAAAGCGGACGAUGAAUUCAAGAACCGGUCGAAGCUGGGACACAGUAGAAUGGCCAUCAGAAGCUUGAUUCUGUCAGAGUAUUUGGCUGGUCAUCGUCCCUCAGAAGCUGUCGAGAACGUGAGAGCCAGAAGUACUCGAAAGAACCUUGGCUACGACACUGUUAGAGCAUGGUACAAGAAGUUUGAUGAAGGUGACACCAACCUCAGUGAUGGACCUCGUUCUGGACGGCCUGCGCAUGUCGACGUUCAGAAGGUAAGUUACUUAAGAUGUUUUAUAGUGAGCCGGUGCAUUCGUAGGUGAGCUGUGUGAGAAUAUAUUUGAGUAAUUUCUUUUUUGUAACUUUAGCUAACGAAGGACAUCAAGCACCAUCAGAUGAAGCUCACAGUUAACUCUUAG